GGAAAUCAUAACGCAAGUUUACUCUGGCGUCGGUUGCAAAUUACGCAACAGCCAUUCACAUCAUCACAUUUAGUCAUGUAAAUGACAGCCAAAUAACAGUCACAUGAUGACUCGUUACACCCUAACGAACGAAAGACCUCGACAAUUCUUCUGAUCCGUUUCGUUCAGAUCAAAACUUGCCUCUUUGCAACGCUGCUUCUGACAAAAAACGUUGUACCAUCCGAAAUGUCGGACACAGUGGAACAUACAGAUCAAAGAGCUGAAGCUAUUCCCCAAUCCACAGCUACACCAAAUUGGACUAUUCAUGUGUCAGACGUGAGGAAGAAAUUUUUACAUUGUAACAUUGGUUACCAUUGUGAUUGUGGAUUGUAGAAUACAUGAUCCAACAAUCAAUAUUAUGUUUCCAGGGUGAAUUCCAGAUAAGAACAGUUAAGGUUAGCAACAUAUCAUUGGUUACUUCCAAGAAGGACAUUGAAGAAUUCUUUUCAUUCUCAGGUGAUAUUCGAUAUAUCGAGAUGCAAAGGUCAGAGUCAGAGCACCUGGAAAGUGGUCACACUCAGGUUGCUUAUGUUACAUUUAAGGAUACACAGGGAGCAGACACAGCAGUUCUCUUAACGGGUUCCAAGAUAGGUGAUCUAUAUGUCACCAUCACACCAGUGGAGAAGUAUCAGCUGCCCCCUGAAGCACUUCCUUCAAGUCCAACAAACCAAAGCCCUGAUGCAGUUAAGAAAGCUGAAGAUGUAAUGAGCACCAUGCUUGCUAAGGGUUUCAUUUUAGGAAAGGAUGCUAUCAACAAGGCAAAAGCCUUUGAUGAACGUCAUCAGUUGACCUCAAAUGCUUCUUCCACAGUUGCUUCCAUUGAUCGUAGAAUAGGUUUAAGUGAUAAACUAAGUAUCGGAACAACUAUUGUCAAUGGAAAGGUGAGAGAGAUGGAUGAAAGGUAUCAGCUUUCUGAAAUGACAAAGUCUGCUAUGGCUGCUGCAGAGCAAAAGGCAAAUAGUGCUGGAUCUGCCAUCAUGAACAAUUCUUACGUAAUAAGUGGAGCUUCAUGGUUUUCUAGUGCCUUUACCGCUAUAGCAAAGGCAGCCGGGGAUGUCAGCACGAUGACCAAGGAGAAGGUUGAACAGGCAGCGGUGGAAAGGAAUGAGAUCAUUUAUAGUGAAAGGAAAGGGACUGUUGAUGAAUUUGCAAAGACGCACUUAGAGGAGGCUUCAGACAUUGGCCCUGCAGUAGUUCCUGUUAAUUCAGAUGAUGACCGAAAUCUGGCAACAAUUUUAUAACUCAAGUUAAUUCAGAAUCCCUUAUUCCCACAUACACAGUUGGAUUUAUUUAGUUAACAUAGUUAUUGUCAGACUUCAGUUCCUGCAAGUUUGUUGUACAUUGAUAAGUCUUGUUGAUUGUUAUAGUGAUGUAAAGGUUUGUCUGACAGAUGUGGUUCCUAAAUAUGGUCAACAUUCAUUUCAAAAAAUUAUUUGUUAUUUGUUAUUUUUUGAGUUAUUUCUUCAUUCAGUUCUCCCUUUAGGUCAUAUGUUUUCAGAGAGAUUUUAAUACAAACAGGACGAUCAGUAUAAUUUAAUAUUGCAGAACAUUAUGUCAUCGAGAGCAUGACAGAUAAGUUCAUGUUUUA